AAAACGAUCGGUGUGCCCAGCAACGUCGCACGAGACAUUUCAAAAUAAUAACAACUACCUGUAGUUGUUUACUUUACUUUUUUUUUAUCAACGGACAACGGCCCGAAUCUCGAUUCCGGAUUUCACACAUUUCACAUGAAUGGAUUAAUUUAAUUAUAUAAAUAUAUAAUAGAUAUUAGAUGAUUGAUAAAUUAUAUAGUAUCAUAGGUUUAUUACUAUGGUAUUUAUUUUUUUGUAUACUUCUAUACGACUAUACUACUAUACUACUACAACCACACUACCACAGAUUAGAUUACGAUAUUCGUAAUGAAGUAAUAUCCGAUGCGAAUGAUAUUGUGAUCUUUAUUAUAAUCUCUAUAAUCUCUAUAAUAGGCACGAAAAUACACUAAUAAAGUCGUUCUACUUUCCGAGUCAUGCUAUUAGAGAACGUAAGACAUAAACAUAAUAUAAAAUAUUAUAAUAUUAAGAUUUCCAUGAAUUACCAUAAUAUUGAAAAAUUGAAUGCAGAUAAAUUACUUAAUUCAAUACCACUAAAUGUAUACGGCCAGUCUGAUUUUGUGUACACAGUCUACCUGGACCAUAAAUAGUCAGUAGUCAUGACUUUCCGUCUGUUCAAGCCGUUUAGUAGUAUACCUGAGCCAAAAAGAUGGCCUCUACUGGGCCACACGCAUUUGUUCAUUCCAAAAAUCGGUCCUUAUGACUCUCAGCGUUUGACGGAAGCUAUGGGUGACAUAGAACGUAUGUUGGGCCCAGUGUUUAAACUGAUGUUGGGUGGCACAACAAUGAUUGUCAUCACAAGAGUGGAAGACACCAAAACAUUGUUUGCUCAUGAAGGCAAGCAUCCGGCAAGACCCAUAUUUCCAGCUUUAAACCUACUCAGAAAAAAACCAUUUGGCACUGGAGGAUUAGUAUCUGAAAAUGGUGUCGAAUGGUAUAGACUGAGAAGAGCUAUUGCUCCGUUAAUGUCAAAAAAUAUUUAUGAAAGUUACAUUCCUCAGCAUAAAGAAGCAGCAGUGGAUUUCAUUGAUUAUAUAAAAUUGAACAGAAAUAAAGAUCAAUGUUUGAAAGAUGUGUUUUACCACUUAACUAAAUUUUCUGUUGAGGCAAUUUCUAUAGUCUCGCCUGGCUUAAGAAUAAAAUGCUUAAAUACGACCAUGUCCGAAUGUUUUGUAGAAGCAGGAAAUAAAUUCAUGGAUGGAUUGUACAACACCCUCAAAGAACCACCUAUAUGGAAAUUUUAUAAAACAAACGCCUAUAGAAAUCUAGAAAGCUCACAUUCCACGUGUAAAAAUUUUAUCGACGAAUACCUGAAACAGACUAAUGAACACAACGCUCUAGUUAAUGCUAUAAUUACAAAUUCCAAUUUAUCAAAUACUGAUAUAAAUUUACUCGUGCUAGAAAUAUUUUUUGGCGGGAUCGAUGCUACUGCUACUACAUUGGCAAUGACAUUGUAUUAUAUUUCUCAAGAUGAAAGCGUACAAAAAGCUUGUGAGGAGGAUGUCUUACAAGGUACAAAUGCAUACAUAAAGGCUUGCAUAAAAGAAACACUAAGGUUGUCCCCUACUGCAGGUGCAAAUGCCAGAUAUCUUCCAAAAACCACUGUCAUUGGUGGCUAUGAAAUUCCAGCAAAUACAUUAGUAAUGGCGUUUAAUUCUUUAACAUCAACAAAAGAAAAAUACUUUAAAGCUCCAUUAGAGUAUCAGCCCAGUCGAUGGUUAAGAAAUUCUAACAUCCAAAAGUUUGAUCCGUAUGCUUCAUUACCUUUUGGACAUGGGCCUAGAAUGUGUCCAGGGAGACAUGUCGCCAUGCAAGAAAUGACAAUACUCCUGUCUGAAAUAAUUAAGAAUUUCAAAAUCAGUAUGCCAGCUGAACAUGCAAAAAAUAUUGGCAUGAUCUAUCGCAUGAACAGAAUACCAGACAGUCGCAUAGAUUUAAUAUUCAACAAUAAAUAAACACAUUUUUUUCGCAAAACA